CCAUCAUUCGCUCGUCAGUCGUUGUUGCUAGCAUACGUCACGGAGUUCCUGUAGCGCUGCUCUUCUCCGCACUCUCACCCCCGUCAGUUAAGCAAAAACGGAAGUAAUCAGCACAAAAUACAAUAAGCACGGCAAUUAAAAAACAUUUCGAAAACUGUGUGAAAACGGGUAGAUUCGAUUCCGACACCGAUCGAUCAAUAAACUCCGCGCAGCAACUUCUACGCUACGAAGAAAAAGAAACAGAAACAAGACAAGAGAACAGCGUACAAACAAGUAACAGAAACAAAUACAAAAAGAAUUAAAUAAAAGACUGAGCAACGUUCAAGCAAAUCCAAGGAACAAAACCAACAGCAACAUAAGCAAUCUCCCACACAUCGUCUCUCUAACUGUGAAACUAGGCCCACGAAAAUCCGAGUGGAAAGCGCAUCUUUGAUCUCAGCAAACCCGCAACCAAGAAGCAAUAAAAAUAAAGAGCCAGCGCACUUUACCGCCGGAUCAGCCGCAUUAACCCCGUAUAAUGUUAAGCAGCCUCGCCUCGUAUCUCUUUGGAUCAGCUACAUCCGAUUCCAUUAGCCAAGAAGCCAAUCCCGCCCAGAACCGACCCAACGCCUCGAACUCGAACUCUAGCUCGAAUCCCGGCCCGACCAGCGAUCCCGCUGCAGGCGAUGUAAUUGAGGUCACCUCCUCGACGCCCUCGGUAGCGGGCAGCAGUCGUGGGGCGGUGCGCGCCUCCAACGGCAAGCGGGGCAAGAACAGGCGUGGCAAGCAGCAGCGGACCAACCAGCAGCAGCAGCGGAAGCAACAGCCAGCGAUCACCAAAUUGCUGACGCCCUCCGGCGAGAUCGUCGACGAGGACUUCGACGAGGACGAAUGGUACAUUGUGGAGAAGGAAGACGAGGAGGACGACUCUCUGCCGCGCAGCGACUCCGAGGAGGAGCUCUCCGUGGUGGAGGUGUCGCAGCCGCGGGGCGGCUCCACCGCCUCCUCUCCAUUGGUGACCGUGGCCACUGGCACAGCGUUCGGCUGCCGCCGCCGGCAGGGCGUCAACUCGUGUUCCCUGUACAGUGGGCCGCGGCCGCAGCAGCAGCGCAACUAUCUGCAACGCUCGCGCGUCUCCCGACCGCUGAGCAUCAGCACCCUCAGCCCGCCCAGAAGUGUGCCCGCCCUGGGGGCCGGCGAUCAUGACACGCUGACCCAGUCGCUGUACGUGGCCUCGCCGAGCGGCAGCGACCAGGGUCAGGAUCACGGCCAGGGUGCUAACGUGCUGAUGGAGGAGUCCUGGUACGUAACACCGCCACCAUGCUUCACCUCGAUUGGGCCAAUCAAUAUGGAAACAUCACCAUUUGAGAAUCUAUUGAUUGAGCAUCCAAGCAUGUCCGUUUAUCAUAGUAUUAGGUCCACCCAGGAGGGAACCGAUAGUUUUGUUAAUCUUGAUCUCGGGGUGUCGACGGAGGUGCCGCAGCAGCGGGAGGAGCCCGAGCCGGAGGCUGAGCCGCAGGAUCAGCGCCAGGCUCUCCAGGAGCAGCAGCGUGCCCCCAACGCUCGCUUCGAUAGCCAUGCGGCCGUACAGUUGAAGCAGCAGACGCUGGCUCGUCAGAGCCAGAAGAGCAAGAACAAGAAGGAGCACCAGCAGCUCUGCCGCAGUGCCAUCAAGCGGGCCAACAAGGUGCGCGACUUCCAGGCCAAGGCCAACCGCCCGCGCCGCUCGGAGAUGCAGCACUGCAAGCUGGUCAGCGGCGCCAACAACAACCGCAGCAAGUGCUGCUACUAGGCGGGCACCACCCACGCCACCCACAACCACCCAACACCAACACCACCACCAUGCCUCCAGCGCCCAAGGAGCCGAAGGAGGAGCAUUACAAUCAUGGCAGGCGACGCGAUUUUAAUUAGUAUUUUAACCUAACCCCCAGAUGAAACGAGAGAAAAUCCGCAAAAAAGGAAAAAUGCCACAAAAAUAUCAAAAAUCUAGCAGCUACAAGAAACGCAUAUGUUUAAUUAACUAAACUUAACAAAUACUUGUGUAAAAACAAAAAGAAAAGCCACAAAAAAAUUUAACUAUCUGUGUAAAUGCGUAGGUUUUAACGUUUGCCGUUUCAAUUUCAAAACUUAUAUGAAAAAUACCAAAAAAAUGCAAUAAAAUUUUCAAAAUGAUUAUGCAAAAAAACCCAGAAGAAAACACACACAUGAAAAAUGACAAAAAAAGCAUGUAUAAAAUAAGCAACAGAAACGAUUUUGUUAAUGUAGCUAAGAAAACUAUUAUAUUUAUUUAACAAUCAACAACACACACGAUUACUUUAUGGUAUGUUUUGCAAAACUUUAUGUUUGUUCGUGUGAUCGGUCUCUGAAAAUCGAUUGAUUUGAGUUUGUAUGAAUUUCCGUGUGUAAAGUGUAUGCUUAUCGAAAUGUAGGAUAUAUUGUAUUAAACCCCUGGCACCAGAUCUAAUGUUCUAUUGUAUGCCUGAUUAUGUUGGAAAUGCGAGUGCGUAUGUAUGAAACAAAAUGUGUGAGAAGGGGUUAAAAAAUAAAAAAAUAUAUAUAACAGAAGGAAAAAAUCACAAUAAAAAUAAUUCUGCUAAA